CUUUACCUCAGAGUCAAGCCAAUAAAAAAGCAGGGCUGUGAGGAACUUGGCCUGGUGAGCUUCAUCCAACACAAUCUUUGCAUUCAUGACAACUUUACCCAUCAGAAGUGUGAAAAUUGCUUAUUGGAUGAUUUAAGAAAAAAGGCAGAGAAAUGGGGAUCCAUCAUUAUAGGAACAGACUAUCUCCCUUGCAGAGGAGCCAAUGAGGGGAGUGUAACGUCUUCAGAGAGUGAGAGGCACACAGACUGAAAGAUGUUCUAUUCAGGUAUCCUCACCGAGCCUAGUCGGAAGGAAGUGGAGAUGAGGGAAGCUGCAUCUCUCCGACAACAGAGGAGAAUGAAGCAGGCAGUGCAAUUUAUUCACAAGGAUUCAGCUGAUCUGCUACCUCUGGAUGGACUGAAGAAACUGGGGACUUCCAAAGACACUCAACCACAUAACAUUCUGCAAAGACGUUUAAUGGAGACAAAUUUAUCAAAAUUACGAAACAACCGAGGGACAUGGACUCCAAAGAACGACAUCUCAGCACAGACCAAUAAGCUGAAUCAAACCAAGCCAGACAACCCAAAGAAAAAGGAGGAAGAAGAGUUAAUAUUAGUGUGCUGUCAGUGUGCUGGAAAGGACUUGAAAGCUGUGAUUGACACCAGUUGUCAGUAUAAUCUCAUAUCGUCCGCAUGUUUGGAUAGACUGGGGUUAAAGGAGCAUAUCAAAACAUACAAGACUGAAGGUGUGAAGAUUUCAUUACCACGCAAUAUGAAAGUGAUUGGCCAGAUAGAACAUUUAGCUGUUACAGUGGGAACUAUCCACGUGGACUGUUCUGCAGUUGUCACAGAAGAAAAUGAGAAAAACUUCUCCCUUGGGCUUCAGACCUUGAAAUCUCUGAAGUGUGUCAUAAAUAUGGAAAAGCAUCACCUUGUACUGGGGAAGACAGAGAGAGAAGAAAUCCCAUUUGUUGAUAAUAACAUCUCCACAAAUGGAGAGAACUCUUCUGAGGAAUAAAGACGGAAACACUCACAAAUGAGAAACCCUGACAUCAAAGCAAAGCUGUGCAGCUGUUCCAGAGGAAAUUGCAACAUGUAUAAUUGAUAACACCUAUGCUAGGCUAGGGCUGUAAAGCUAAAUUAAAUCAUAUUCAGUAGCCAGUAA